AUGGACAGUGUUUGGCAGCUGGUCAAAUCAGAUAUGCUGCGCCAUCUGAAGGAUAAACUGGAUUUCUAUCUCACUUUAUGGUUUACGAUUCCUUACUGUGCUUUAAUUGCAUGCAACACUUACGACAUUGCUAUUACCACUUAUAGUGAGCAGCAAAGCAUCUUGUUUGUACCAUUUUUCUCUCUUCCUUCGUCCGUUCAUCCGAUUAUCCUUUUCAGCUCACGUCAACUCCUGCCACUAUUCAUCGCUCAUGAAGAUAUAUUUAAAAGGUUCUAUGAUCUAACCGAUCAUAAGCUUCUUUCAUACAGUUGCUGUUUUUGAGAAUAAAAUAAUUCAAAGCAAUACUGUCACUGUCGAGUCUCAUUUAUGUGCAUAAAAAGUCGCAAAUGCACAUAAGCUACGUCACCAAAAAUAAUGGAAAUUUAAGUGAUGUCACUUAAAUUCAAUUUAGCAGUGCCAUUAUGUGCAAUCUCUAUGUGCAUUUAG